GAUUUGUUCAAUACUAUCGUCAGUUUAAUACAGAACUCUGAGUCAGAAUGGUGUCCAGUAAAAUUCUCUUCUGUGUUGUAUUGGUAACACUAUUGGUAGUUUGUUGUUUGGGUCAAGAAGUGAAUGAUGACGGCUGUAUCAAAUACACAAAAGACGCCAGAGCUGGUUAUUCAAGAAGAGACAAGAAAGUGAGAAUACCUGCUAGAAAUGAAGGAUACGAAAUAACAGAUAUCUUAAUGACUGCAAGAACAUCCUUUUACCAAUGUGUCCAAGGAAAAAACUUCGGUCGUACUAAAACAGAUUGGUUUGUGGCAAAAGGAUGUGCUGGAACAUUUCAAAUCACCGAAUGUCCUUUGUAAUGACGUAUUCAUAUAUCAUGCAAUAAAGUAAAAUAACUAACCUCA